AUGGCAAGACUGAUUUCAUUGGAAAUCGUAGACUUUAAAAAUCUUCAAGUGGGGACAAUUGAAUGGAAUCCGGACGAACCGGGUUUCAGUAUAAUUAGUGUUCGGGAUUUUUAUCAACGCAGUACAUUGUUUGAAGCAUUUCAAUUUGCUUUUGGCCAUGACACUGAUGCUGAAGUGGCCGAGGUGAUUGUUACAUUGCGAGAUAGUGGUGGCAAUAUGAUUCGCUUCAAACAUUCUAAAAAUGUGGAAAUGGACGAAGUCACAACGACAUAUGAAGCACAGGUCAUUGGCAUUGAUAAUGAGUUUACAGCAUGCGAGCAAAAAGAAUAUUUUGACAAACUGGCACAGCUCAACGUGUUUGCAUUAAACGGGAUAUUUUUAUUUGGUGGCGGUGCAAAAAAUAUCUUGGCCACCAACAAUCUCGAUUUACGAUCAUUUUUGGAAAUGCAUUUGCUACAUAAGGAUCGUUGCGAUGAUUACGAAGACGUGAAUCUAAACAUUGAACAAUGCGCACGUCACGUUGCACAAUUGAAGGAGACAGCAAAUAUCAUUAAGAAAACACAAGAUUCAUAUCAAUCUCUGACUGAAGAACGAAAACAACAAAAACAAGCGGAACAGGAUUUUUGUUUCUGGAAGUUGUACGCUCAUUCUGAAGAGAAAAUGGGCUUAGAAAAGAACGUGGAGAACAUCAGUGGAUACGUUGACGAUGGUGACGGUGAUUUCCAACGUCGGUUAGAUAUAAUCGAAGAGAUCGAAAAUUGGGAGUUUAAAGUGAUUGAAAACAAUUUGUUGGAGCAUAUUAACAAUAGCAUUGAGGUGAACAAGCAAUCUUGGGCGACUAUUGCGCAGCAAUGCGGUCAAUCGAUUCAAAGAGAAAUCGAAAUGAAUAAGGGUGACAUUCUCGUUUUGACUAAGGCGAAUUUCAAACCAUUUUUCCGCAACAACAAAUAUUCCCAAUUCAAACACCGUGAAUUGGAUUUGAUCAUCAAACUCAAGGAUUUACAAUUUAGUUUGAUGACAACAGAAUUGGGCGAUGAAACACUGUUGAAAGAUGAUGUUUUCAAAAAAAUGAAAAUGUGCGUUUCAUCUGACACAAGUGCAUUUCAUUUAUCAUCGGUAGAAGGCGAAGAAAUAAUGAAAUGCAUGCGAAAACUUCAAAAUGAAGUUUUUGAAAAGCUUCAAUUGGCCACAUUUGCUGAUGCUGAAUCGUACAAUUUUGAAAUGAAUAACAUUGAUCCAGUGGAUGAUAAUUUCAAAUCAUUUUUGAAUCAAUUACCCAAUGACGGUAUGACCAAAAUUCAUACAAAGACCCAAUGGAAGAUUCGACCGGAAGAUAUUGGAAAUCGCAUUGUGCUUCAGGUUGACAAUUCGCAUGUUGUACCAACCGCUUACUGUCCCUUUGGACAUAUUGUAAGAUCCGAUGAGAAACCAUCGAUGUAUGAUUCAACCCAACUCAACACAUCAUUGCAAUCAACUCUAUGUGAUGUUGAAAAGAAAAUCAAUGGCAAUACUUACAUUGUGAAUAAAAUGAAACAGGCAAAGAAACAUAGCAUUGUUCGUUCGGUUGCAAGAAAAGAAGCGGCAGCAACAUCAAAUCAAGAUGUACUCAAUCUGCAGGCACAACUGUAUGAAAAUGAAAAAAAAUUCGUACGUCGUUUUCUUAGUGAGUUCAAAGACGUGAUGUCAGAGCUUCGUUUUGAUCAGUUCCAUGCAGAAACAACAAAAUCUAUAAUGAUGGCUUGGAAUUGCUUCGAACGGCACCAAGAUGUACUCACAACGAAUGUGCAUGCAAACAUUCAGGGACGAAUUGUAAGCCUUAAAGAAGAUUUGCGUGAGUUGGUAGGAGAAUAUCAAAUUCACAAGAGUGAAUGCAGUCAUUUGAAAAUCGAACAGGAAUCAUUGGUAAAUGCGAUUCGAGAUGAAGCAACGGAUAUUUCGAAAAUUGCCAUUGCAUUUUUGAAGAAUACAUAUGCGAAGGCUGACAAAAGUACAUGCGAGACAUUUAUCGCAGGAAAAGAAUGUGUCAUAUCUCAUCUAAAGGAUGAAGUCAAGGAGAAGAAUUGGGAAACACCAGAAAGCUUCGAUGCUGAAAUAUUGCCUGACAACUUUUAUAACUGCAUUUCAUUGGAUAACGCGGAAAAAGUAUAUAAGUUCACUUAUGCCAACCCGAAGUCAUUCGCAGAGACAUACAAAGUCCUUGAAUCGCAUUUACAUUCCACCGCUGAUUUGUUCAAAGAAAAUUUCGUCUAUUACGAUGACGAAAAUUUUAAAAAUAUUCAACGUGAAAAUAAUAAGAAGAAAAAAGCUGCCCAAGUUGAAAUGAUCGCCGAAAGAAAUUCGUUUCAAAAACGUUGCGUUGAAUUCGAGCAAAAAAUUGAAGACUUUGAUAAACAUUAUAUCGACAUUGCUGAGAAAUGUUCAUCAAUUGGCAUUGCCUUGAAUCCGAAAGAGUUCAGUCUCAAAUCACCAAUUCGUCAAUUGGUGGACGAUCAAGUCAACAAUCCUGGAUGUGUUGAUAUGAUGAUGUCAACGUACAAUCAUCACAAUGCUGCUCUUAUUCUAAAAUUGGCCAUGAAUCUAACCGUGGAAUCACCCAUUCUUAUUUUUGACAGCCUCGAUUAUAUCAUCGAACCACAACUGAUCAGCCCCUUCAUCGACUAUUUACAAGAAAAAGUCAAAGCAGGCGCAAUUCAAGUGAUUUUUAUGUUACUGAAUCCACAAGAGGGGCUAUCGAUUCCAAAUGCUUAUCAAAUGUGGAUUGAUAAAAAGGACGUCGAACAAAUUGCAAACACAUCAGAUCUAUUGAAAGUGGGCGUAGGCGAGCAACAAUCAGACCAUUUGCAAUCCGAGAUGGGAGUUCCUGCUUUGGGCAUAUCGUCAAUAGAACGUAUAGAUGGUGCAGCAACCACUAGCACCCUCCUACCGCGUGGUCGAGUAAUCACUAGCACCCCGUUACCGAAGUAACACGUGUCAUGCUUAACUGUUUGCCAAUUUCAAAUGUGAAACUAUCCAGAAUUUCAUUUUUCUAUAAGCAUUCUCAAUUCUAUACUC